AUGACCGGCACACAAACCGCCACCAUAGCAGCCGGCUGCUUCUGGGGCGUCGAGCACCUCUACCGCAAGAAUUUCGGAAACGGCAAAGGCCUCCUCGACUCUAAGGUCGGAUACUGCGGCGGCGUAGAUGACUCACCCUCUUACCGUGCCGUGUGCACGGGAAAAACCGGUCAUGCCGAAGCCCUCCAGAUGACAUUCGAUCCUUCGAUUGUGACUUUCCGGCAGCUUAUUGAGUUCUUUUAUCGUAUGCACGACCCUACAACAGAGAAUCGGCAGGGUCCGGACGUGGGCACACAAUAUCGUAGUGCGAUCUUCACGCACGGUGACGAGCAGCAGAAGAUUGCGGAGGAGAUUACGGACAAGGUCAGCAAGGAGUGGUAUAAGGUGCCGCUGUCUACUAAGGUCCUGCCGGCGGGCAAAUGGUGGGAUGCGGAGGAAUAUCACCAGCUUUACCUGCAGAACAACCCCAUGGGAUAUGAAUGCCCUGCUCACUAUAUUCGGAACUUCCCGCCUUUGUCGGAUUGA